UCAUUACUAUUAUUAUUAUUAUUAUUAUUAUUAUCGAUAUGUCAUAUGUACUGUCAGUCGGAGUGCCGGAUUAUUUAAAGUUUCAGUCAGUCUGUGACAAAUUAAAGUAAGUUUAAGUUCCGGCAUAAAUAAAUUCGUCGAGAAAAAUUAAAAAAUAUGGAUAAAAAAAGAAAAUUAUAGAAAAAAAAAUCAUUAAAUUGUCAUUUAGACUAGACAAAGCAUAUGGCAAAUUUAUCAAUUGUGUAUGGUGCCGAGGAGGCGAUAUAAAAUUCGCGAAAUAAUACCAAAAAGUUUGACAAGUGUCAUCGAGGUGACAAGGGGUUUGGCAAUUAAUUAAAAAUUAUAUUGGAUCAUGUCGACAGCUUUAUUAGCAGUAUUUGCUGUUAUUCUUUGUAUUUUAUUUCGAAUAUUGAAUGUCAACAGUGCAGCACAAAAACCACUUUUAAUAUGUCAUGAUCAGGCAUUUCUUUCUACAAUUCUUAAAAUCGCACCAGCCAUUGCCGAACCUUACACUCCAACUAGACUAUGGGGAUUCAGUGGACAUGUACAGACUAUAGUCCACAGUAUUAUAGGAAGAGUAAGGUGCCCUUGGCCAAUUGGUGAUAGAAUUUACAUGAGUUUGACUGAUGGUACAACACUAACUUAUGACUUGUAUCAACCACACAGUAAUUCUCAUGAAGAUGACAUAACUGUUGCAAUUGCACCGGGAAUUGGUAAUAGUUCAGAAACUGUUUACAUUAGAACAUUUGUUCAUUUUGUACAGAGUCAUGGAUAUCGUUGUGCUGUUCUUAAUCAUGUUGGAGCAUUGUCAAGUGUUAAAGUUACAGCUCCAAGAAUAUUCUCUUAUGGACAUACUGAUGAUUAUCAUGUGAUGUUAUUGAGCCUUGCUGAGAAACAUCCCAAUACUAAAAUUGUCUGUGUUGGAUUUAGUUUAGGUGGUAAUAUUGUCACUAAAUAUAUGGGAGAACGUGCAAAGACAAAAUUGCCACAAAUUAUUGGUGGUAUUUCUAUUUGUCAAGGUUACAAUGCUAUUGAAGGAACAAAGUAUUUAUUAAAUUGGCAAAAUUUUCGUCGUUUUUAUCUUUACAUUAUGACUGAAUCUGUUAAAAAUAUUAUUUUGAGACACAGACAUGUAUUGCUAUCAGAAGAAGUUAAACAACGCUUUGGAUUAAAAGAAAAACAGAUACUUUCAGCAGCUUCAAUUCAACAAUUAGACGAGGCCUAUACUAGAAGAAUACACAACUUCAAAUCUGUAAAACAAAUGUACAAUUGGAGCAGUUGUAUAAAUUAUCUGGAUGACAUAACAGCACCAAUGGUGUAUAUCAAUGCACUAGAUGAUCCAAUUGUUCAUGAAAAUUUACUUGUACCAAUUCGAGAAUAUGCUGCUAAAAGAUCAAAUGUUUUGUACAUUGAAAGUGCUCAUGGUGGUCAUCUAGGAUUUUAUGAAGGUGGACUUCUUUAUCCAAAUCCUAUCACCUGGCUAGACAGAGCUGUUGUCUCUCUCAUUGGUUCACUAUCUCUUGUUCAUGCUGAUAGACUUAAAGUAUCUUAAAAGACCAUUAAUUACCAUUAAUUAUAUUGGGCAUUUAACUAUCAACUCUAAUUACUACUCACUUUUUAUUAGUUCAUCACUCUUUAUUUAUUCAUUGAUUCAUAUAUUUGUUUAUUUUUUUUUUUUUUUGUUAUUGAAUCAUUUACGCUGAAAUGGGACCCUACUUUUAGAUUAUGAUUGAUAAGCAAUUUAUACUUUCAUAAUUAAUAUCAAUUAUUGUUGAUAUUUAUAUAUUUGAUUAUAAAAAUUUCAUUGAUUUUUUUUUAAUUUUUUUACUUUUAUUUUUGUUAACCAAAAAAAAAAAAAACAAAACAUAAUUUAUUGUAUUUAUUUAUAUAUCACGGGUAUUUUUGAAAAAUACGAAUUAUUAUUUUAUAAAAAGAAAAAAAAAUUAUAAAAGUUUAAAUUAUUGAUGUGGGUUGAAGAAAAAAUUGUCGACAAUUAUUUUGAAAGAGGAAAAACAAAAUAUAGAUAAGAAAAAUAGUCAAAAAAAAGAAAAAAUGAGCUUUAAUUUUAUUUAAAUGCCGAAAUAUCGAUAGUUGAAUAAUUUAUAAACACAAAUAUGUGCUUCUAGUUGAUGAUAUCUCAUAAAGAAAAUAAAAAUAAAAAGUCAAAGCUUCAGGAUUAUAUUUUACACAUUGACAAAGAUUAAAUUAUUAGUCUGUUCAUAAAAUAUAACAAUAAUAUUUAACGCAUCAUGUAAACAACAAAAAAAAAGAAGCGAAAUAAAAAAAGACUAUUGAGUGUGAUUAUAAUUUGUUAUAUAAUAAUCAUAAUUUAAUAUCACACAACACAAAAAUAAAUAUAUGUAACUGUAUAUGUAUUAUAAUAUAAUAAUUGAUGUCUGAUAUGCAUGCACUUGUAAUUUAAUAUGUAAUUAAUUACAUAUUUGUGAUUUAGAAAAGAAAAAAAAACCUACCUUGUGGUAAGGCUUGUGAUGACAAGUAUAAUACAUCAAUUGAGAAUAUUUAAUUAAAUAGAUGAUGCAUAAAUUUUUAAAAAUAAUUAAACAGUAUUUUAUAUUGUUUUUGUAUCAAAAAAAAAAAAAAAAAACACAAAGACAUUUCAUCGAUAUUAAUUAUCUCUUAUUAUUGAUGAAUGUAAUCAUAAAAAAAAUGAGCUGAAAAUGCAAAAAAACAAAAAAAAUUUAUAGACAAACGAAAAUGAACUGAUUAAUAGUAAUAUGUUGAUGAUUGAAUAUUUUUUUUUUUUUUUUUUUCAUUUAUUUAUUUUCGUUGUUGAUGAUUGAUUGUUUAUAUGCUAGAUAUUUUAUCAAUGAUAAAUUAAUUAUGAAAAUAAACAGUUGUUCACUUAUUGAACUUAAUCUGUUAUUUUUUAUUCAAUCAUUAAUAUUGUAAAAAAUCAUUAUUAAUAUUUGUUAUUGGAUAACUUCGAAGCAAUUAAUUGACAUUUCAGUAUUUUGUAAUUUUAUUUUUAUUAUAAUUUUGAUUGAAGUUCAAGUAUGUUUAAAAUGAUUUGUUGAGCUACGCCUAAUUGAUUACAUAUUAAUGAUCAAUUUAUAAAAUUAUAAAAAAUAAUUGAAUUAAACCAGUUUUAUAUAAAGAUGUCAUAUAUUGGUUUGAUAAAAUAAUAAUUCAAUGUUAAUUCUGCCAGUCAAAAUAAUAAUUAUUAUAAAAAUAAAUAAAAAACUUG